AUUUUGUCAUUUCAAUUGCAUUAUUACCUGAAUUUCUGUGGAUCAAAUUCUCAGACAUGGCUAACUACGUCUGGUGGUGGAGCUGGUGGUUCACAGUGGCGUUUAACUGUUGUUUAUUGAUGCAGAAGCCAGUUGUUUCCAACCCACAAACCAACCUGUUAGGCGAAGGCUGUAGUAACUAUAAUGCAACAAAUUUACCUGAUUUCUUCAAAAGGCUUAAUGAAAGUUUUGGUGAUUUAAGGAACCAGUUGUCUAAACAUGAUAAACGAUUCGCCACCACACAACAGUCUGUGUAUGCUAUGGUCAUAUGCAGAAAGUAUAUGUCAAAAGCUGAUUGUGUCUCCUGUUUCGAUACUGCAGUUUCUCGCAUAACAACUUGCGCUGGUGCUAAUGGUGCUCGUGUCGCCUAUGAUGGCUGCUUCCUCAGGUAUGAGAGCAACAAUUUCUACCGUGAAGCUACAAGUCCAGCAAAUGCUGAGUUCUGUGGGAAUCGAACAGCCCAUCUGCCGCAUGCUUUGAACCUUGUGGCACUAGAGCUUUUGAAUGAUCUUAGCAUGGCAACUCCAAGAAUUCGUGGCUUCUCUGCAGCCAUGAAGAGGAAAGAAGCUGGUGUUACUGUCUAUGGAGUAGCACAAUGUGCUGAAACCAUCACUGCAAGCGAAUGCCAAGAUUGCUUGACAGUGGCAUAUACAAACAUAAAAGGCUGUUUGCCUAAACAUGCGGAAGGAAGGGCUUUCGAUGGAGCCUGUUUUAUGAGGUACUCGAAUAGAGACUUUUUUCCUGAUAACCAGAUAACUGAUAUCAGACCAUUGCUUGGUGGAGGAGGAAGCUCAAACAAGAAGAAAGUCAUUGUCGGGGGUGUAGUUGGAGGUGUAGGAUUUCUUAUGAUUGUAUUGGCUGUGUUCCUAUGGUAUCGACUAUCAAGAAAACCACAGGCAGCAGAAAGAGGUAAUAUACUAGGAGCAACUGAGCUGAGAGGUCCUGUGAACUACAGAUUCAAGGAUCUAAAAAAUUCUACAAAAGAUUUCAAUGAAAGUAAUAAACUCGGUGAAGGUGGUUUUGGUGAUGUAUACAAGGGCACUUUGAAAAAUGGACAUGUAGUUGCUGUUAAAAAGCUAGCAAUGGUAUCUAGCAGAGCAAAGGCAGAUUUUGAUACUGAAGUUAGGCUUAUCAGCAACGUUCAUCAUCGCAAUCUCAUCCGUCUUUUGGGAUGUUCUAACAAGGGAGCAGAGCUAGUACUUGUUUAUGAAUACAUGGCAAAUGGCAGCCUUGAAAGAUACUUAUAUGGUGAUAAACAUGGGAUGCUCAACUGGAAGCAACGAUAUGAUAUAAUCAUCGGAACAGCUCGUGGCCUUGCCUACUUGCACGAGCAAUUCCACGUCUGCAUCAUCCAUAGAGAUAUAAAAUCCAGUAACAUUCUACUAGACGAUGAAUUCCAGCCAAAAAUUGCUGAUUUUGGGCUUGUAAGACUUUUACCUGGGGAUCAGAGUCAUGUCAGCACUAAGUUUGCUGGUACCUUGGGAUAUACUGCACCAGAAUAUGCAAUUCAUGGACAUCUAACAGAGAAGGUUGACGUCUAUGGCUUUGGUGUUGUUGUUCUUGAAAUAAUCAGUGGACGGAGGAGCAAUCAUAUGCAAGAAACUGAAUAUCUCCUUGAACAGGCGUGGAAAUUUCACGAAGCUGGCAUGCAUGUAAAACUGGUGGAUGAAACUUUAGAUUUCAGUGAAUACAACGAACAAGAAGUGAAGAAAAUCAUAGAGAUUGCCUUAAUGUGUACACAAUCACCUCCAAGUCUUAGGCCAAGCAUGUCUGAAAUUGUUGUCAUGCUAUUAAGUGAUCGUAGCACAGACAGGAGAACUCCUAGCAGGCCUAAUUUCGUUAGCAUGGAUACGAUAACAAUCGCGAACUCAUCCAUGACUACUGGAUCAUCCGCUUCUAAUGCAACCAACACUUUUACUGAUAUUACUGGCCGCUAGCUACAUAAGAGUUUACUGUAUAUAUGAAAAUUAUGUUGACACUCUAGCAUCCAAUUUCUUCCUUACCUUUUCGUUCUUUUUGUUUGUUUGUUUUGCUUGGUUGUAAUAUAGAUGAUUUUUGUAACUAGUUUAAGUCUGAU